AUGUCCCGCUCUCGGAAGGUGUCUCCCCGGCAGCCCGGGGGGGGCUCGGGGGAGCCACGGGAUGGGCGAGUGGACGAGACUCUGCAGACAGCGGUGGAACUCGCCCUGGAGCGAUUCUGCUUCAGCGACGACACAGAAUUGGAAUUUCCUUCUUGCUUCACUGGUACUGAAAGAGCAUUUAUUCACCGGUUCUGUCAGUCUCUUGGGCUGGUAUCUAAAAGCAAAGGAAAAGGAGCAAGUCGCUGCCUGACUGUAAGGAAGAAGGAUGUGACUGAGCUAACACGUGCAGUGAUGACCUGUGACUUGACUCUCCGUACCAAACACGCUGUUCGGACUCUGCUUCAGAGUUUUCCUGUCACAAACAAAGAACGAGCAGAACUCCUGCCCAAGACAGAGCAAGGAAAUACAUGUGCUUUUGAGCCUGAAAACAAGGAAGGGAACAAAACAACUGGGCGGCUGAACGAUGGCAUCGCCCAGGUCCCAGGGAAGAGAGGGGACACCGAGUUUGAUUCCUUCAGGCAAUCCUUGCCAGUUUUUGAGAAACAGGAGGAAAUUGUCAAAACAAUAAAGGAGCAUAAAAUCGUGCUGAUUAUAGGAGACACUGGAUCAGGAAAAACCACUCAAAUCCCUCAGUUUCUUCUGGAUGACUGCUACAAAACUGGGACUCCCUGCCGAGUGAUUUGCACUCAGCCAAGGCGUCUGGCUGCUGUUGCUGUGGCUGAGAGAGUGGCAGCAGAGAGAGGAGAAAAGAUUGGCCAAACAAUUGGUUAUCAGAUCAGAUUUGAAAGCAGGGUUUCUCCAAAGACUCUGGUGACCUUCUGCACCAACGGGAUGCUCCUUCGCACGCUGACGGCAGGAGACAGCACCCUGGCAACUGUCACCCACGUUAUGGUGGAUGAAGUACAUGAGAGAGAUAGGUUCAGUGACUUCUUGUUGAUAAAACUGAGAGAUGUGUUGCAAAACCAGAGCAAUUUAAAGCUGAUUAUUUCUAGUGCUGCACUAGAUGCAAAUCUCUUUGUUAGCUAUUUUGGAAGUUGCCCAAUAAUACACAUCCAGGGAAGACCUUUUGAAGUCAAGGAGAUAUUUCUGGAGGACAUUUUACGAAGCACUGGGUACACAAACAAAGAGAUGGUCAAGUACAAGAAAGAGAAGCAGCAAGAAGAGAAGCAGAAAAUCAACCUUGCUGAGUGGUGUUCUACUCACGAAGACAAUAGCAAAGCAGAACCUCCGAGACAAAAACUGGUCCCAAGGGCAGCUGAGGAGUAUAACCUGUUGGAUGACACAGUAUUUAAUCAGCUGACUGAGGAAGAUGUGAAUUGCCUUGAACCAUGGCUAAUAAAAGAAGUGGACUCUUGUCUUUCUGCCAUUUGGUUGCAUAGAGAUGUUGACUCCUUUGCUCAGCUGUUCCAUCUUAUUUUAACUGAAAAUGUCAGUG